AUGCUGUCAAAAAUCAUACCCCUUUCUUUUCUCAUUAGUGGUGCUCUCACCAUCCCCUUGAACUCCGACGUCGACAUCCCCAAGCGUGCAAGCUGCCCUGACAUCCACGUCUUUGGAGCACGGGAGACAACCGCUUCCGCUGGUUACGGGUCAUCCAGUACUGUCGUUAAUGCUGUUCUCCAAGCUUACUCUGGAUCUACCGCCGAAGCAAUUAACUACCCAGCUUGUGGCGGCCAGUCUUCCUGCGGAGGCGCCAGCUAUUCUGAGUCGGUGGCUCAGGGGAUUGCAGCCGUUGCUUCUGCUGUGAAUUCCUUUAACGAGCAAUGCCCUGAUUCUCAAAUCGUCUUGGUCGGGUACUCGCAGGGCGGCGAGAUCAUGGAUGUAGCUCUCUGUGGCGGCGGCGAUCCAAACCAGGGCUACACUAACACCGCAGUUCAACUGUCUGCGUCUGCUGUUAGUCAGGUGAAGGCGGCAAUUUUUAUGGGUGAUCCUCUUUUCUCAGCUGGCCUGUCAUUUGAAGUUGGUACUUGUGCAGCUGGAGGUUUUGAUCAGCGUUCCUCUGGCUUUAGCUGUCCAUCAGCAAGCAUUAUCCAGUCGUACUGUGACGCUCCAGACCCAUACUGUUGCAAUGGGAGCGAUGCGAACACUCACAACGGAUACGGAGCCGAGUACGGCGCGCAGGCUUUGGCAUUUAUUCAGACUAAGCUGUCUUAG